ACUUGUUUCACCUGGUAUUUUAUUUCAUUUCCCUGGAGCAGUUCAAGGCCGAGGGGAAUGUAAGUUUGAAGUCCAUCUUCUUUACCCGUUAGAUCAUCUCAAAAGAGGCUAUUUCAGCUUUAAACAAUUUCAAGGUCUUUCGUGAAUUCAAGAGAGAAUUGCACUAUUUCCUUUCCGCGCCAGAAUUCUUUCACAAGGUUAAGUAGGCAAGGUCCGAACUCGAGCCUUAUGACCCAUCUAGCUGGAGCUUUUCCCGGUAGCAUGAAGCGACCAGGAGUAUUACAACUCCCAAUUGGAUGGGAUACCAGGGUUAGAAUUUCACCGGUACUCAUUUAUAUUCCUGGGUGGAGGGGGGCACUGUAGUUGUAAAGUGUUUUGCCUAAGAACGCAACACAAUGACCCCCUGCUUGUCUCGAAUCCGAACAUCUCCAACCAGAAUCCAGCGCGUGAACCGUUACCUUAAUUCACCGCGUCUCCACAAAUUCAGUUAAAAAUUAUCAGACCACGUUAAAGGAGUUGCGUUAUUUACGAUAUUAUUAAUGGGUUUUUCUAUUUUCGGUUCUAUCCUAAACAUCCACAUUAGAAUGUGAACUAUUAAUAUCAAAAAUGACCUCAUGGUGACACUCCUGAAGUUUACGUGCCUACAAUCAUAAAGCACUAUGGCCUGUCAGUAACAAAAAUGGAACUCUGAGGGAAAAACGCAAACUUUUUGGAGUGAUCAUGAAUAUUAAAAUUGCAUUAAUGUGCUGAAUAAAUAAUCAUCUUAAAUCGUCUUCGCUUGAAGAAAGGGUAGCUGGGAAGCAAUAAAAACGUUGCGAUCUUAACUCAAUAUCUGAACUCUACAAUUUACUGUGACUUUAACUCGUGCAACAAAGGAUUUUACAUCAUUUAUUACUUAUUAUGUGUCUGUUUUACCGUAUAAUGAAACUUUGAAGACAACUACCAAACUUUGAAUAUUCACAACCGUUGAUUCACCACUUCACGGGUUUAUUUGGAACCAACACAGUGACCAGCUCCCAGUUGGCUUGUUAGCUCAGUUGGUGGAGCACUGCAGCUGUAUCGCAGAGGUCAUGGGUUCAAAUCCCGUACAGGCCUGAAAUGUUUCAGGCCUUCUUUUCACUACUACUUAAGUAGCGUUCAUUACUGCGAAGAUCGCUUUCAUAUUCACGUCUUUAACUGCAGUUCAAAUAUAUGACUUCCAUAUAUUCACAACCGUUUAACUACCAAACUAUGAGUUAAUUAUGACAAUCGAAAUAUUUUCUUCAUAGAAACUGCCUGAAAAUGAUUUACAUCAUCAGUUUGAUUGUCGCUCUUGCCACCAUGGUGUGUUUUGCGAUCGGGUGCCAUCAGUCAUCGUGUGGCUCCUUUGAAACGCACCAGUACGUGUUCAGGAUUGGCCAGUAUGACUGCGACUGCGAGCCAUUUAGAGCUGGUCAGAUGACGUUUGUUGAAGGGAAAGUAUACGUGUGUGAUGGUACUGAAUGGAAAGCCCUGCAGUACGAAGCAUCAUUAGGUUCUAGAAGUGACCCUGGAUUUUCGUGCAAAGACAUCAAGGCUCACUUGAAGGACGCGACUAAUGGCAUUUAUUGGAUCACCUUGACGGGUAAUUUUUAAUCUACUCAUGCUCCUAACUCGUAUGAAGUAUUCUGAGAGUAUUUGAUACCUUGUUCGGGUAUGUACAAUUAAUGAUUAACGGUGUGUUGGGGGAAGGCCAUGUCAAACUAUGGGCAAGAUCACCCCAAUAUGACGUCUAUUCAGGCUGGGUUUUGAUGAUCACCUCAUGUGUUCCCAUUGGCCUAUCUUUUUUUUCUCCUUACGCCUUCCACGCCAGGUCGAAGGAAAUGUGAAAGAACUUGCGCGGUUGUUCGGUUAAUUUGGUUGAGACACUUCCGAUUACCAAAUAAUGUACUCUACGUUCUUUUUGUAGAAGUACAAAGGUGUAGAAAUAAACCAUCAGACAAUUUGUUCAACAGGGAAAUAAUAAUCUACAGUACUCGUGGUAGGCUGUUAAUAACCCUUAAAAUUUAGGUUUCAGUUUUCUAGCGAUAAAUCCUUUAGCUUGUAAAUGUCUAUAGAUUUUAAUUGAUGUAAUUUUUGUUUUUAUUGUCAUUACUAGACAGCAAAGACUCUUUCCCAGUUUACUGUGACAUGGACGCCGGAGGUAAAUGCCUCGGGAUUUACUUAUUCACCCAUAGUUCGUACAAUCUCUGCGAAGAAUUUUUCAAUAUGAGAGAGUCGUCCAAUUAAGGGCUUCGAGAAGAACAGAAAUCCUCGCAUCUUCACGUUUAGGAAUCUUUACACGGAAUCAUUCAUUUGUGUGAAAGUUGGUCUCUUUAUAUUGGUUAGCUUGGAUAAGCUUUCCUGCUCCAUGAAUUUUUUUAAAUAAAGGCAGAUGGGACGGGUAUGGAGAAUUUUGGCAUUGUCGUCUUAGAACCCGUCCUGUAACUGCUACAUGUGAUCAUUUUGUUAUGGCAUAUUUCGCAUGUGUAUCAUAUUUGUUAUGGGUAAGGAAUCUUUCCUGCCUGACCUUGGAAUUUAUAGGUGUAAUCUUCUUUUUGGUAAAAUUAUCACCUAUUUUGAAACAGCUGCGCCUGCAAUAAAAUAGUUUUUAAAUGCUUGUUUUGAUUUUGAAUUGAUAGGCUGGACCAUGGUGUUUAAAGCUGUUAGUGGAAUCCAUAAAAAAGUGUAUCCUACUUUCAACUCGCCUCACACAUCCUCUGAGAAAGUCAUGGCCGCUCUCGACGUCACAAACAAACACAAAGACCAUUACAAGAACAGAAUAGUGUUGAACUGGGCUGACUUCCACGCUUCUGAGGUAAUUGGACCAUAACGUGACUACCCUAGUCAAAAUGGUCGCAAAAUUUUUGCGUGUGAUUGGUCAAACAGUGUGUGUUGAUAUAUUUGAGCAUUGAUAGGACAGUUUGAUCAUAAUACCUCAUUUAUUGGACUGCUCUCGUCAUCUAACGCGCUUAACUCAAACGAAAACUGUUUUAACUAAGUCAUGGCUUUAAUGAGGGUGAACUGUUGAUUGGAAACGAAAUUUUAACAUUGUAAUGUUGAUAAAUGUGAUUCAGGAAAGUUCCUUUACAUUCUACGUGUUUGAGGAGGCCUUAUCGCUCCGAUCCCCUUCACCUGCUAAUAAAUGUUCUGUUUUAAAACAGGCAAGAGUUGUCCUAUACACUGGAGGAAAAAUCGUGAAGGAAGUAAAGUUAAACGCGAGAGGAUCAGACAAAUUGAAUUGGUUCGCAACUCCCAGACUGAUCGACAGCUCCUGGAAUGACAUGAAAUCCCAACCAAAGAACGUAUUUUCUAUUCCCGGGCUGCACAAUCGCAACUUCUUCAUCAACAGAAACUACGGCGGAUGUCCAAGGGAUGCCGGAUGGAUGACAAUCACGGGUCAGGACUGCGACUGGGAGAGGCGCUUCAAUCCUCGACAAAAUGUCAUCAUCUAUAGCAAACUGCAGGGAUACACCAACUGGAACCACUACGGUAAGGCGUCAGCCCUCUAG